GUACUUUAGGGAGAGUGAAUCUGGGGGAUCCAGAGAAAGGAGAGAGGCAGGGCAAGACAGACAGAAAGCUCGAGAGGGGUUUGUCACCUCCGUCUACGGGUGUGUCACUGCUGAUCCUCAAGAUUGUGCAGGUGUGUUUUGAGCCUGUUUUGGGCAGAGUUGUGUAUGUUGAGCUAGAGGACUCUUCAAGAACUUCAUCUUCUAUCUCCCUUGCUGUACUCCUGUACUGUAACCACAUCCUGUUCAUGAGAGAUGGACCGAUCUACGCAGGAGCUGUUUCUGAACUUUAUGAUCGUAUUGAUCACAGUUCUGCUCAUGUGGUUGCUCGUCAAAUCCUACCAGGACGCGUGAACUCUUAACCUCGUUCGCGAUGUACAAUUGGAAUGAAAGCAUAUGUAACGUUACCCC